AUGGAUAAGAUGGACAAAGCAUCCUCUCGCGACUACCAGCCUGUUUCCAGGAUGGAUUCCGACGGCGACAACGAUGCCCCAGUAACAAGCAGACCCCAGCGUCCACCGUUCCAGUCCUUCCUCAAACGCAAUCUUGCCGCAAUCACCAUAACCGGACUCCUCCUCGUAAUGGUACUCAUGGCCCUCGCCAUAAUCGCAGCAAUCACAGUCGAACCAUUCCGCAUCCUUGUCUUGAAAGGAUCAUCAUCCGCAGACCCUGCAGAUCUAAACGGAAAACGCCAGUGCCUCCCAACGACAACUCGCACAACCUACGCAUGUGGAAACUCAACCGCGGAAGCCAAAGCCCUUGGCUGCGAUUACGACCCUCUUGCAGGCUGCUGGCUCCACGAAAAAUGCCCGCGAGAUUUUACACACGAGUUUGCGCAUUUCAACGACGGCAAGCCCUUUGUCUACUACUAUGAUGAAGCAGCUACUCGCCAGAUGAAGGACUACGAUGAAGUUGGUCGCAACCCGGAUUUCUACUGGACUUCUAUCCGAGAGCAUCUAGUUCAUUGUCUCUACCUCCUUCGGCGAGGCCAUGAUGUCCAUAUGCGGGGUGAUCGUCUGGAUACCAUGCUUGGAGAUCUUGAGCAUGUUGAUCAUUGUACAGAUAUGUUGGCUAAUUGGCUACGGAGACCUGAUCCGGUAGCAGAGAGCAUUGGCACGCAAGGGCAGACUCAUUGCUUUAUGUCUUGUAGCUAA